AUGAACGUAUCCGCCACCCUCAACGUCUUUCGCAUCCUGAUCAACCCUUCACUCUGUCUACCCCACCAUACUAUCUCAACGUUCGACCAACUGCCCAUCCCCCUUUCCACGGCCUUCGCCAAACAUGGCUCUGAGAAGAAACCGGACAUUAGAGCGGUAGUCUUGGACAAAGACAACUGCUUCGCCGUUCCAAAACAAAACGAGAUCUAUCCAGCCUACCAGUCUACGUUUGCGAAGCUACGACAAGAAUACCCUGGCUCACGCCUUUUGGUCGUCUCCAACUCUUCUGGAACAGGGUCCGACAGAAAUCACGCCGAAGCCGAGCUCCUCGAAAAGAAUACCGGAGCCACUGUAUUGAGACACAGCACGAAGAAACCUGGUUGUCAUUCUGAAAUCAUGGAAUACUUCCGAAGCAGGCCUGAAAUUGGUGUUACGAGAGAGGAGCAGGUCGCAGUCGUGGGUGAUAGAUUAUUCACCGAUGUACUGAUGGCGAACAUGAUGGGCUCCUACUCAGUUUGGAUCAAAGAUGGGGUCGUUGUAGACCAUGGCAUCGUAAGUGAUCCUAAAAAUCUCAUCAACAGAACUCAUGACAUGACCAUCAUCUAGCUCUCUCGACUUGAGAAGGGUGCAGCGAGCUUCCUCCUUCGAAGGGGUUAUGUGCCUCCAAAUCCACGCAGCGAGUUCGAGUGA